GGGCUACAGUUAACGCCUGAAGAAAACUUACGACAUGAUUCUACCAUUCAAACAUCUCCUCCGAAACAUGAUGAUGAGUCAAUUAAGGUAAAAUGAGUUUGUGACGUGAAAUCCAUCUUUUAAAGUUAUGUUGUUGUGCAUUGUAUGCACAAAAAAGUAUAUGGUUGCCAUGUUCCAGUAUUAAAUUUUAAAGUUAUGUUUUCCUCGGUAUUUUCUAUUUUACAAACUUUCGUAUUUUAUGGCGUUUCGUUUGUAUUUCACUGGUACAAUUGUCUAUUUUACAAACUUUUUUUUUUUUGUAUUUCUAUGUAUUUCCACCCCCACAGAAUCAAUCUAAUCCUGGCCCUAUUUCUGUGUAUUUAGUAAUUCUCCAACCUUAUAUUUUUAUGUUAUGAUUUUGUUUUAAAUUUUGAUUUUUUCUUAUUCAAAAGGGUGUUGGACCAAAUUUACAUGAGGAAGUUCCGAAAAUUGUAGUAACCGCCGAAAAUUUAAGAGCAGAUACACGUAAAGCUUCAUCUGAAGAGAUUAAUCGGGCGGACGAAGGAUCUUUCAAUUCAACAGAGGUAAAUUUUACAUUCAAUCUUAUAGAUCUUUUCAAGAUACUGCUAUACUUAACAUUUAUUAAAUCUCCUUUUUUUUUUUAGGGAAUGGUCGCAGAGAUGCUCAUUGAGUUGCCUCUAGAAACUCGUGUACCAGAAGCAGGUGCGGGAAUACAACCCGGGGACAUCACUGAUCAUUCAAUUUUAGAGACUCCACACAGGUUCGAUGAGAACAUUACUAAGUCACAAUGGUUGAUCCCUGACGAAAUGUUACCAAGCCAAAUAGGUUCGUCAGGAUUAUCUGUGUUUCAUCAAACUGGUCACAAAGGAUUUGUUAUGCCAGUAAUGUCUGCUGAUAAAGGAAUACAACAGCCAGUGAUUAAUGCGGAAGUCGUAAUUGCUCAACCAGAUGUUAUUCCAACUAGGAUAGUCAAACCUAGUAAAUACUUCAGUUCACCUUACAUGACCAAUUACGGCUCUGCAGAAGCUUCUGUUCAAGACCCCACACCUUCCAUAUUUGAAAAGAAGCAUCCAUUUGUUGAAGAUCCAAUUAAUGGCCCGCGAAAUACUUCGCUUAUUCAACAAUACCGGAAUUGGCUUGAACAGGAUCUACUUCUAAGGCAUGAUAAAAAAAAGGGUAAGGAAAGCCGUUACAAAAAGAAUAAGCAAGCUUUGGAUCCAGAUGACAUCAAUUUUGGCUUCAAUUUUGGUGUGUUACAUGUUGACGACAAAAACUGGUUCUAUCUCUUAUCGAUGAAUGGAUAG